AGCCCAUCCCGGCUCUGGAGCAUAAACAAGAGUGGGGACGGGAUGAGGCGGCGGUUGGUCCCCGCGCAGCGAGAGGAGGCGAGCCGGGCCGCGAACCGGACCGGGCGCAGAUCCUGAGCUUAGCGCCCCCCGGCGGGCCGCCCGAGUUGCGCCGCGCGUGCUCCCGCGAAGGGGGUCCGAGCCCGUCGCGCGCGUGCAGCCAUGAACCUGGCGAGCCAGAGCGGAGAGGCCGGCGCCGGCCAGCUGCUGUUCGCCAACUUCAACCAGGAUAACACAAUUCUGGCCUUUAGCAUCCUCUGGGAAACCCCUGAUACAGACCCACAAGAUGGCUCGGAACAUGCUGAUGGUCUCUGGUCCCUAGCUGUUGGUAGUAAGUCCGGGUAUAAGUUUUUCUCCCUUUCUUCUGUGGAUAAGCUGGAACAGAUCUAUGAAUGCACUGACACCGAAGAUGUCUGCAUUGUGGAGAGAUUGUUCUCCAGCAGCCUGGUGGCCAUUGUCAGCCUCAAAGCUCCCAGGAAGCUAAAGGUUUGCCACUUCAAGAAAGGAACUGAGAUCUGCAACUACAGCUACUCCAACACCAUCCUGGCGGUGAAGCUCAACAGGCAGAGGCUCAUUGUAUGUCUGGAAGAGUCGCUCUAUAUACACAACAUCCGGGACAUGAAGGUACUUCAUACCAUUCGAGAGACACCCCCAAACCCUGCAGGCUUGUGUGCCCUGUCAAUAAACAAUGACAACUGCUACUUGGCGUACCCUGGGAGUGCGACCAUCGGAGAGGUGCAGGUCUUCGACACCAUCAACUUGAGAGCUGCAAACAUGAUCCCGGCUCAUGACAGUCCCUUAGCAGCCCUGGCUUUUGAUGCAAGUGGGACCAAGCUUGCCACCGCUUCUGAGAAGGGGACUGUGAUUCGGGUGUUUUCCAUUCCAGAGGGACAAAAGCUGUUUGAGUUCCGGAGAGGAGUGAAGAGGUGUGUGAGCAUCUGCUCCCUGGCCUUCAGCAUGGAUGGCAUGUUCCUCUCCGCAUCUAGCAACACCGAAACUGUGCACAUCUUCAAACUCGAGGCCGUGAGGGAAAAGCCUCCGGAAGAGCCCACCACCUGGACUGGCUACUUCGGGAAGGUGCUCAUGGCAUCUACCAGCUACCUGCCCUCACAAGUGACAGAAAUGUUCAGCCAGGGCAGGGCCUUUGCCACCGUCCGCCUGCCGUUCUGUGGCCACAAAAACAUCUGCUCACUAGUCACAAUUCAGAAGAUCCCACGGUUGCUGGUAGGAGCAUCAGAUGGCUAUUUGUACAUGUACAACCUGGACCCCCAGGAAGGCGGCGAGUGCGCCCUGAUGCGUCAGCACAGGUUGGAUGGCAGCAUGGAGACAACCAGUGAAAUAGUAGACUCUGCAUCUCAUGACUGCCCCUUAGUAACGCAGGCGUACGGCACAGCAGCUGCCAAGGGUGCCUACACGCCCUCAUCCCCAACAAGACUCGGGAAAGGGCAGGAUGCCAACUUAGAAGCCUAUACAGAUGACCUGGGUGCCGUGGGUGGUGCAUGCCUGGAGGGGGAAGCCAGCGCCCUGCGCCUGGAUGAAGACAGUGAGCAUCCUCCCAUGAUCCUCCGGACUGACUGAUCCUGACCUGUGAACUCCAGCCCAGGAGCAGGCAACACUGGCCUGGCAGAGGAUUUGUGCAUUGCUGCUAUGAACUUUGACCUGAAUUAAGGGCGAGGAUGGCAGAGACUUUAAAGCAAAGAGAUUGUAGUUCUAGUCUGUCCAUACUGUUGAGAAAAUACACUGUUUUCACUUCAGUGACUUUAACCCUGCUUAUGAAUUUUAGCUUUUUAUUUUCUCUUACCCUUUAAUUUUUUUAAUUAUUUUUUUCUUGCCAAAAUUAACCAUUUGGUAAAGUCUGUGGAGUCUCCUUGCUUUGCAUGUGUGAUGUGCCAAGCCAGCAUAGGAGAGCAAGUGGAGUGGCCGCUCCACAGCAAACCAGAGCUGUCAGGUCUCACGCCAGGGCAUGCAUGAAGAAAGUUCUGCGUGCACUGGAUCUGCAGGGACAGGGCUUCUGUCAGGAGUCCUCUUGCCCCACUGCCUCACCUGGACCACUUUCCCUCCAGUUCAUUAAACUUUCCAGAUUGGAUCAUUCUGGGACUAACUUCCUCCAUGGGGACUAUUGUUUUGGGUCUUAUUCUCCUUGGGGAUGUUGAGUGGGAGAGAGGCAGUUUCUGUUCUGUGUGCCUUCUCUUCCGGCAGGUGAGCUUAGCAGAUGGCAGGGCAGCCUGGAGCCAAGGAAGGUGAUUUCGUCUGUGACGUUAACUCUCUGUUUCCUACUGUCCCCACCCGAGAACUGUGACUUGUUUUUUUGUUUUGUUUUGUUUUUAUUUGGUUUUAUUUUUAAAGGAGAGCCUGUAGCUUACUCCCAUGCCCAAAAAAGCACAAAGGGUGAGCUGCAGCCUCAGGUGCGGGCCCCGCUGACCUGGAGCUGAGCUGUCUGCCACAGGCUCUCCCCCCCCGCCCCCAGAGGCGGCGGCAGCAAGUGGAGAGCCCCCUCCCCCCGGGCUGAUGUGCCUUUUUCUAUUUCGGUCUUACAGAGUACAGGAGUGAAGUCACAUGUCUGUGCUGCCCUCCUGCUUGCUUUUGACUGUUGGGUGUCUUUGGGGGAAGGGCAGGGUCACACUGCGGCCCAGGCUGAUCUCAAGCUUCGAGCAGUCCUCCUGCCUCAACUUCCUGAGAGCUACUCCAGGCGCCACUGUGCCGGCUUCUUUUUCAGCUCUAGGGAAUGAAGGUUGAGGUCCUCAAGCGUGCAUUCUAAAACACCUUGCGUGGAGCCCUGAGGUGUGCGCUGUUGCUUCUACAGCUUUGGAGCUGGAAGGAGGAGGAUAAUGUCUGGUCUCCAGGCUCACCGGCCCGGUCAGGCGUCUGGACAGGAGGCACUGAGGUAGCUGCCUUCAGUCCAGCCUGGUUAUGUCUGGUUUGGGCAGGGUUUCUGCUGAGGUCCCCUGCUCUGUUGCGAAGGUGGCUGAUGGCGUGGGUGGGGUACAGGGGGUGGACCCGUGUCCUGGAGCAUCGGAGUAACCACACUGCACAGUGCCUGGCCUGAACCCUGAGAAGCUGGGACCCAGCCCGCCUGGGGCCUGGCACAGCCAGACAGCGCUGAUGGCAACAGCCUGGGGGAAGCACACAGGACCGGGUAGGAGCCGUGGCUCCCUGGGACCAAGAGCGAAUGUCUGGGUCCAAGUGUGACUUGAGACUCACUUUAUGUGCUGAGGUUCUUUUGGAAGUUAGAGUUCCAAAAGUGUGUUACAAUUCAUGUCUCCUUUUUGGCCUGGGUUUCCUCACUUGAAAAUUUGGUCAGGAAAGGCGGCUUCUAGUGUCCGAGGCUCUGCCUUCAGGCAGUGGUCUUGCCAAGCUGGACAGAUUUGGUGAGCCAGCCUUCCUCUCUGGGGACAGAUGUGCCUGUGCGUCCCACAGAGGUCAGGAAAGCUGCCCUCUGCGAAGCAAUCUGCACCGCUUGCAGGCCUCGGGCUCUGUGGGGUGGGCACUCAUUGUUGGGACUCAAAUAGUGGAGCCAAUUGAGGUGCCCUCACUUGAGGGCUGACCCCAGGCCUCACGCCAGUGGUCAUUUUAAGACUUGUAUUUCUCCAAAGUUAAGAGAAAUUUGGAAUCAGACGUUACAGGUGUGCACACCUGUAAUCCCAGCCUUUAGGAGAGUGAGGCAGGAGGAUUGCUGGGAGUUUGAGGUCAGCCUAGACUAUAUACUUCUGGGCAAGCCUGACUUACAGACUGAGACACUGUCUCAAAAAAGAAAGAAAGAAACCAAAGGAUGACAACUUAAAAGACGAUGGGAAACGGGAGUUUGAAAACCCCCAAAAUUUGUAAGCUCAGUGUGGUUUGGGACCAAAGCUUUUGUAUUUUCUAAAGCAAUGAAAGCAAGAGUGGCGUCCCUCGCCCUGCCUACACUAACGGUGUGAGCUAGGAGCAGGUCUGGGGCCUCAGGUUGGACUGUACAAGAACCCUACCUCACAGGGUUGUUGUGAGGUGUGUGAGGGGAUGGCCUGUGAACACCCAGCCCUGGGUGUGGCCAGCAGUGGACUCCAAUAAACACUCAGAGUGAAACACG